AUGCAGGGAAGCGAGGAGAGCUCCUCCAGCGAUGCUGACUCAGUUGAGAACUUUGACAGAUCUUCGAAGCCUCUGCGUCAACCGGCCGUAGCCCGGCUGCCGAGUCACAGCAGUGACAGUGACAGCAGUGCAGAGGUCCAGCGUGCCAUUGACGAGGAUUUCUCCGAAAGUUCCAGCGACAGCAUCUCCCAGGCAAAUAGCCGAGCUCGAACUGCCCAAUCCCCUCCAGUGUCCAAGGCAAGCAGCCCGGCACGAACUGCACAGUCUCCUUCCUCGCCGCCUGUAGAGGCAGAAAAGCGAAGGGACCGUGACAAAGAGACAGAUGGCCCAGCACCGACGCCUCCAGAGCAGGUGCUCAUAGACGUGCCGACUGUGCCGACGCAGAGCGUUGACGUGACUCCAGGCCAAGCGCAGAGAGAGGAAAUCGCAGGAGCGGCUGAGCCGAAUGAGAGCAGGCUGCAAGUUGCUGGUGCGCAAGAUGCUGUGCCAGAUGUGGAAGAGGAGCUGCGGAGACCGACGGCAGAAGAUAUCGCGAGGCGCCAAAGAGAGCAGCGAUUGCAGACCCGUCGCCUGGAAGCAGCUCUUUGGAAGUCGCUGUGCAUGGAAGAUAAGGAGAAGCUUCAGAAGAUGCUGCAGGUCAUUGAAGACUCCAAAAGCCAACUUCGUCGAAGUAGUGCUGAAGAAGUGGAUCUGCAGUCGGUUCUGGACAGCAAGGACCCAGCAUGUCAAGACUUGCGCCGUCGACUGGAGAAAGCUGAGCAAGAGGCUCGGCUGGCACGAGAGCGGGAGCUACGCAGCAUUGACCAGAUCACUCGUUGGGACUCUUCCAUUUUUCAUGUCGACAUGUCCAGGGGUCGACCUAUAUGA